ACUACAAACUUUGCCUUCCUUCCUUAUUGUCUCAAACCUUGGUCGCGGCCUGUCUGUCUCCACCUUCCUCGCUACGCCUUCACCUACUCCCACGUCUGCACUCAAAACAUUUCUGUCUACAAAAUACCGUGAAUCAGUUGACUGUUGAUAGAGUUGUACUAGCGUGAAAAGCCUACUCUGCGUCCAGUCAAUUCUUGCUCAGCAGAGUUCUCUUGCAGAGCUCCGGGGCCGGCUGAAAAAUGGUCUCCUGUGCUAAAGCAUCAGGCAUUAUUAUGCGGAUAGCGGUAUUCUUCAGUGCAGUCAUAGGCGUGGCCUAUAUCAUCUUCGGCUGCAAGGUGCAGAAUCCCCCGAAAGACUUUGCCCCAGUAAUGUUCGUCAUCCUGGGCGUGCUCAACAUCUUUGCGUCGCUUCUGGGCUUCUGGGGCAGCUACCACAAGAAGCGUGUGUUGCUAGGCUUCCUGGCGUGCGGUGGCUUCUCCAUUCUGCUGCAAAUUGCGCUGGUGCUGGCGCUGCUGUUUGGGUUUGACGCGGUAACUGCAAAGAUUGUGGACCCAAAGGAAGACCCGAAGAAGUACAGUCAGGUGUCGAACCAGCUGUCCAUCGCGCGCUGGGUGGCGCUCGGGUUUGUGGUGCUGCAGAUCUUCACGAUCGCGCUGGCCAUUGCGCUGCGCUUCGUCAUCGCGGAGGAGCAGCCCUACGACGCCUUCGACGCGCAGACCUCCGAGCAGCGCGGCAAGACGCUAUCCAGCCUGGCCAAGGACAUUGAGAAGUUUGCCAGCAAAUCGAAGACCAUGGGGGAAAAGGCGUACGACAAGGUGCGCAGCAAGAUGGCCGCGAAGUACGGCAACUACGCCCAAACAGAUAACGACUGGCGCAGCAAGACCAAGGUCAGCUGGCGCACCUAAGCUCACGGUGCCGUGCCGCUGUGUGUGUGAUGGUGGUCGGGUGGUGAGGACGGAUUGAGGAUGAGGACAUGCAUCAGUAGCCAUACUGCAGUGAUUCUACGGCACAUGUAAGCAUUGAAUAGUGCAUAGGGAGCCUCGGGGAGUGGCUACUGCCAAGAGUUCCGUGGUAGUUGAAUACGUACACGGCGGCGCGAGGAACGAUAGCCUCUCCGGACUGAUGGGGCAAGGGGGACACGGCGCAACUGCAGCCCGAUAGGCUAUAUCGGUACCUCGGGGGAGUGUAUGUGUGUGGAAAGUCGAGUCGCUGCAGGAGGACUUGCUACAUGGCCAAUGCAGGCCUACCUGAGCGUGGGGGAGUAGGUAACGCCAGCAGUGGGCGACUCAACCUGGGCUUGGGUACGCCAGGGGUUGGAGGAGCAGGUUCCGAAGUCGGUGCCGAGUGCUUGUAAUGAACAGGGGAGGUUAAUGACAUUCAAUGCAUAACUCUCGAUAAAAGCCGCGGGCGUUUUAAUGGUGCCUUUAUCGAUCCGGCAGAUAACGUUUGUGUUUGUGUGUGUGUGUGUGCGCGAGUGCGUGGGUAUAGGUGGUAUGCACACAGGGUCAUGCGUGCUCUCCUGUCCCUGUCAAGCCAUGGCCCGAGCUGGAGGGCCCUUAUAGCGCCAGACCAAGGAAAAGUGGGCUGAGCCCGCGCCACGUUUCCAGAUUGAGGCCGCUAGCGUCUACCUCAUCUCCCGGACAUAGCCGGGGUCAGUUCGUACCACCGCCGAUGGUGCUUAUAAUUCAAGCGACACGCGUUUGCACACCGAGUUUUGGGAAACGUUCAACUGUAAGCCGUAAGUGGG